AUGCCCUGGCGGCCUCUGCCUCGAAUCGCUUUCGCUGUCGCCAUCUACCCAUUUCAACCUUCCACUCCCGCCGACUUACCUCUGGAGCUGGGCGAUGAACUCUACAUAAUCGAGCGCGGAGGUGUAGAUGGAGAAUGGUGUCGUGGCUAUCUGGUGGCUCCGCCGUCCUUGCUGGCUGGUUUGUCCAGUACCAAGGGGCAGACACUCGAGGCUAGAGUCUUUUCUGGCAUUUUCCCGCGCAAUUGUGUUGAGAUUCGAGAAGUUCUUGACGAUAAUGAUAUGCCCAGUCCGCGACUCAAUGGGGAGCAUAAGAUUGGGGAGCCUCCACGGCAGCAGCAGCAACAAAAGCAACCGCAAGAACAGCAGCCGGUGAACGGAACCCGGGAGAAAGAGCAGAGAGAUAGUCUACUAAGCUCGAACGAUGACGACCAAGCGGUGACCGGCGAGGUAUCGAACGUGGUCAUCGCGAAGAAAGGAAAACCCUCACAAAUCUUUAUCACCAAGCUCGACGAUGACAGUCAAGGGAGUCCCCGUUCGGCGAGCAGCACCUGGAAGGGUUCCCCGCUACCGUAUACCCCCCUCCCCCGCGAUCCUGAUGCGCCCAAACCCGCUGCCCCUGUACCUAUGCUCAAAAUCGGCGAUGAGACGCCCACUUCCCUGUCUGAACCGCUGGUCGACGAAAUCGCUUCAUGUCUCCGCGAAUGGCAUUCAACAAAUCUGCAUGAAUUGCUCCUGGCACAGAAGUACAACUCUGUCGAGGAGCUAUCGAAUCUUGUUCGCGAGCUCGACUUCGCCCGACGGCAACUUCUUCACAAUGUGCUUACUGGGCAGGAGAAGGAGGCGUUGCGGAAUGAGAUGGUCUGGAAACUGGUGCGCGGAAACAAGAUGUUGAGCGGAGAGAUUGUAGUCAGAGAUCCUUUGCAGCGAGGCCGUCUCUUGACAGGCGAAGAUUCAGCCGUGCAUCUGGCAAAGCUACAAUCGGAGAUGUGCAUGCUGGAGAGCAGCCCAAUGCACCAUUCUGACACGGCUGCUCUGCAUCAUCUGCUGCUGGAGGUCAAUGCUGUCUCGGGCCAUUCACCAGGUCCCGUCACGCUGGUGGCACAGCUGUGCUCCAAGUCAUCGGAUGCUAGUGCGCUGAAGCCUCUCUCGGAGACGUAUUCUUUGGACAUUCCGUCCCCGGACAAAUUUGCUAGUAUGGGGCAGAGCAGCAAGCUCAAGACUCUUUUCACCGAACUCUGUGCCACGGACCUGGGCGAUGCGGCUGCUAAUGGUAACAAGUUGUACUUGGUUAUUUCCGCCCGCGCGCCAGAGACUCCAUCGACUUUCAGCGGAAUUUCACACCAGCCUCGUUCUUCCAUGUCCAAAGAUGAAUCGUCGCUAUCGGGGGCAGCUAGCAAACCACCUCAAGGGAUCAAUCACUCGGUGAAAGGCAGUCUGAAAACGCGACGCAGCAUCAUCUGGUCGUCUAAACCGAAAGGCAUUCCCGGUGUUGACCCGCCCAAGGAGAGCCCCAAACCCCCACCGCAAUCGGCAGGAAGUACCUCCAGCGCCAAGGACAGAACCACGACUCAGCCAGCGAAAGAUGCCACGGCAAUUCGCACGAUUGGUGUUGGGCUUCUGGAGGUCUCUCAGGUCCUGCGGCAAGAAAAGGAGGCUGAGCACGUGGUUGUCAACAUCUGGUCGCCGCUCCGGGAUGGUGAAGAAGAAGGAUUGUCUGAAGGGUUUGAUGAUUUGAUCCGCACACUGCUACCCAGUCCCAGUGGGAAGUACAUGCGGGCUCAGCGGGCGGCGCGAUUACAUCUCAAUCUGCACCCGUUCGUGAGCACCGAUGCGGAUGACUUGGUUCGCAGGAACCCUACUAUUAUGCACAAUGUUGUACAAACAAGACGGAUGGGAUUCUCCCAGGCCCCAACUACACCGCGGUCUGAUAUUUACGUGACCCUCACACAGGCUAUCUUCCCUUCUGAAGCGCUUCUGUCACACCCGCAUGCCGGCCAGGUGCCGGUUCCUACAAAUACAGGCCUUCGUAACCUGCAGUUGACCCUGGAGGUACGGACAGCGUCUGGAGCGCGAGUCGACCGAUGUGUUUACCCCUCGUCCUCGAGCAACACCGCGCACACAGCAUGGCGCACGACUGUGUCUGAACGUGGCACGCCUUGGAACCAGACAAUCCGACUCAAUAUUCCUUCCGAUCAAAUUCCUGGAUCACAUCUCGUGAUGAGCGUUGCCGAUGCACCCGAGUUUCCUUUUGCACUGGCGUGGAUGCCGCUGUGGGAAGAUCAAGCGUUCAUGCGGGACGGCCCGCAUUCUCUGGUCCUCCACGCUUAUGACAAGCACACGUCAAACGUUGAGAAUGGAAAAGGUGCCUACUUGUCUCUCCCAUGGAAUGCGCUUGGGAAGAAUGAGUCUACCAAGGACGAAGCGGUGACUGGGCCCAUGUCAUCUUUGCGCCUGGAGACUUACCUUUGCAGCACCGAGUACUCUCAAGACCAAGCUAUUCUGAGCCUGUUGCAUUGGAGAGAACGACCUGUGGACGACAUCCUGGAUACCCUCCGGAGAGUGCUCUUCGUGCCUGAAAUGGAGAUUGUCAAGCAACUCAGUGGUGUCUUCGAUUCACUCUUCGGCAUUUUGGUUGAAAACGCAGGGAACGAGGAAUAUGAAGAUCUUAUUUUCCACGACCUUGUGACGGUACUUGGUAUCGUCCAUGACCGUCGGUUCAAUUUGGGGCCGUUAGUCGACCACUAUGCCGACAACCAAUUCAAUUUCCCAUUCGUCACACCAUGCCUCAUCCGCAGCUACCUGCGUCUCCUUUGUGCCAACUCUGACCCCGAGCAGUCCCGAAAUCUACGUUCCACUUUUAAGGUCGGACGGCAUGUGCUUAAGUUCAUCAUCAACGCUCGGCAACAGCAGCAGGCCAAGGAAGAGGGUAUUGGGAUUACAAAGGUCGGAUCGACUUUCAGCCGCGACAUCCACACCAUAUUCCGAUCGCUCGAGUCGCUGAUGAAAAAUCCGUCUCCCGCUAUGGUUGGAAGCAAGACGCUUAUCGUCCAGCACUUUCACACAUGGCUCCCUGAGCUUUCCAAGGUGCUGCCCAAGGACGAGAUGUUCAUGCUCGCUCUUAGCUUCAUGGACUCGUGCAAGGACGUUACCGGCAUGUUGGUCCUCUACAAGCUGGUCCUGAUUCAGCACUACACCCAGUUCGAGAUCUUUGCUUCUGGGCAGGAACGAGAGAGUUUGAUUUCCUGCUGUAUCAGCUGGUUGGCUCCGUACUGGGGUGCAACUGGGCAUGUUUCUGAUCUAUAUCGGGAUCAAGUUCGCCUGUGUUGCGCGAUUGUCGCCCAGCUGUUGACAAAGCCGGAACCACAGUUGUACGAGUUCAUGCCCAAGAUCUUUGCAUCGUAUUGCUCCAUUAUCCCCGAUGGUGUGGAGGAGACUGAAUACUUGUCCCUGCUCUUCAGCAAGACCUUCCCGUUCCAGGUCAAAACGUGCAAGACGAAGCAAAAGUUCGACGAGGCUCUCGUGGAAUUGGCGGCCGUCAUGGCGGCUACGGCCAAGAUCCCGAACCCGAAGCCGCUGGCGCUCAAGGACCUGGAACUUUCUACGUUCCUCACUCAGGCGUUCGAGGCGCACAAUUCGAUUCUGGACUGUGAAGCAUACCCUGAAAGCUGGCUCAGUAUGCAUGUGUACAACCACCGCGCCACGGUGAAGAGUCUGGAGCAUUUGGGCUCGAUGAUGAUCGACAAAUUUCUGCCAGCGCCUGAUGAUGCUGAUACCUUCGACACUAAACUCUGGGAGUGCUACUUCAUGACUCUGCUCAAGGUUGUUUCUAGUGAUGCCUUGGCGCUGGAGACCUUCCCCGAACAGAAACGGCGUGCCGUGUGGAAGAUCGCUGGCGAUGUUCGAGAGCAAGGUGCAGAUCUUUUGCAUUCAAGUUGGGAAGCGAUCGGCUGGGAAACAACGGACGAGGAGAGAGAACGGUACGGCUUGAGGAAGCUUGGUGGCUACCAGGUUCAAUAUGUUCCCAACCUUAUCUACCCUAUUAUGGAGCUCUGCCUUAGCGUCCAUGAAGGUCUGCGCCAUGUUGCGGUCGAGCUCUUGCGAAGCAUGAUCCUGAGCGAAUGGGAUCUGAACCAGGACUUGUCUAUCAUCGAGACGGAGAUCAUCUCGAGUCUGGACAGUUUAUUCAAGACCAAGCACAUGAACGAAAGCAUCCUCCAGAAACUGUUCGUUAGCGAGUUGCUCGGCCACUUCGAGGGAUGCGAGACGUUUGAUGAAGAUCUUUCGAAUGCAGUCAAGAGUCUCAUCGCGACUGUUGAUGAACUACUGGACCUGUUUGUUGCUUCUCAGAGUGGUUCCGUGACGGAAAGCUUCAAUACGCUGAGAUUGAUGGAGUACAUGAAAGACAUGGGCCGAGAGGACAUCUUCAUCCGUUACGUUCAUGAAUUAGCCAAUGCCCAGGCGGGUGCAGGGUACUCCACUGAGGCCGGUUUGGCUCUCCAAUUCCACGCUGAUUUGUACGAUUGGGAUCCCAACAAAUACAUUCCUGAGAUCCUCAACCCUGCUUUCCCUGAGCAAAGCUCCUUCGAGCGAAAGGAAUCCCUGUACUUCUCGAUCAUCCAGCACUUCGAAGAUGCUAAGGCCUGGGCGCAUGCUCUUGUUUGCUACAAGGAGCUGGCCCAGCAAUACGAAUACAUCAUGAUGGACUUUGCCAAACUGUCGCGGGCGCAGGGCUCCAUGGCCAAGAUCUACGAGUACAUUGCCAAGGAGGAUAAACAGUUCAGUCGGUACUUCCGCGUCAUCUACAAGGGGCUCGGUUUUGCACCUACCUUACGAGACAAGGAAUACAUCUUCGAAUGCCUCCCAACCGAGCGGAUGGCUACGUUCAUCGAUCGGAUGCAACGGGAGCACCCGACAGCGCAGGUUAUGUCAUCGGGUGACAUUCGCGAUUACGAGGGCCAGUUCUUGCAGAUUACUCCUGUCAGCCCUCAACGUGAUAUGAACCACCCUGUCUAUCAGCGGACCAAGGUUCCUCAGUCUGUUAGGGAGCAUCUGGUGAUUUCUGAACCGUGCCGCUUCUCAUCUACCCUGAGAAGACAUGUCAACAGUGCGAAUGUCGAAGAGCAAUGGGUUGAGAAGGCCGUUUUCACUACCGCAGAGCCCUUCCCGAAUAUCUUGCGUAGGAGUGAGAUUGUCUCCGUUGAGGAGGUCGCGUUGUCCCCAUUGCAGACUGCACUGGAGCGGACAUGGCGCAAGACACAAGAGCUGUCGCUGUUGUCACGUAAGGCGGCGGCCGGUGAAGACCCCAGCUUGACGAACCUGACAGAGGCACUUCAGCAAUUGCUCGAAGUUAGCAGCUCGUCGCCUAGCUGUGUGGCGCUGUAUCGUCAAUUUCUGCCCGAAGCUUCUAAGAAGGAUGAAGAAGGGGGUGAUAGUGGGGACGAAUCUGCUGAAGAAGACGCGACUGCAGAGACUCCCAAGCCUGUCGAUCCCUUGGAAAGCGCUUUGGCCGUGGCGCUUAUCGACCAUGCCUGGGGUAUCAAACAAGCUCUGUCCUUGUACGGCCGACCAGCAUACCAGGCAACUCAGGCUGAGUUGAUGCGCCGCUUUGAAGAGUCUUUCUCGCCGGAAAUUGCAUCUCUAGCACCAACUACUGUUCCGGAACCAUCACCGUUGCCGUCUCAGCGCCAAUCUCCGAACCCCAUGGAUUCCCGUCAGCAGCAGCCAGCAGGGCGGGUUAGUCCCGAGCAGGAGUUGAUCCGGUCUUCGCGGGUUGGUCACAGCCGCAAGCACUCGACGAGACAAUCUGUCAGUCAUCGGAUUGGCAGCAUGAACCCGUUCAAGCGAUCCCACCAUGGAGCAACUGGCUCCGUUUCUACAGCAGUCGCUGAGACAAGGCAGGCGCUCGAAGGGAAGACAAAUGGGAUUUUGACUGAGCAUGCGGAAGAAAACGGCGAGCCUGAUAAUGAGACUGCUACGAUCAACAGCAGGACAACCAGUUAUUCCCGGGAGACCCAUUCCAAGCGCCGGAGCUUCUUUGGCGUUGACAAGCCUUACAAGCAUGGCUCGUCGCUAUCCAUCGCCGCGGCCAGCAUUACCACCGACGAUGCACACAAGCACAGGAAGCAACCUUCACAAAGCACCUCUCGGGAUACAGUGGCUAAGCCAUCGCAUGACAUUCACAUUCAGCCUGUAGCACAAAAUGGCGGUCCCAUGUCGCCUACCAGUCCACAUGCUGGUUGGAGCACGAUUCCCUCGGUGAGAGAGACGCCACGGCCGGCAACAGGACAACAGAGUGUCAACUCGAUCAAGAGUCCCAAGAGUCCUACUUCGCCUAACGGUGCAGUGCAUACCGGUGUCGGUGUCCGCGAUUCUGUGAUGAAGCGAUUCAGUCUGCUCAAAGGAGUUGGACGGAAGAACAGCCGUCUUGAUUUCAAGGCAGAUACUCAUGGUGGCUUGGUCCAUGAAGAGUGA